CUAAGCGCCGGCCGACUGGCGGGGGUUGCCACUUUUGGUUAGCCGACUGAGAGUCUCCCAGCCGGGGAGGCGGGCCAUACCCAGGGCAUAUGGAAGUUUCCAGGCUAGGGGUUGAAUCAGCUGCAGCUGCUGGCCUACACCACAGCCACAGCAACUCAGUAUCCAAGCCACGUCUUCGACCUACACCACAGUUCAUGGCAAUGCCAGAUUCUUAACCUACUGAGCGAGGCCAGGGAUCAAACCCGCGUCUUCAUGGUUCCUAGUCCAGUUCUUUUACUGCUGAGCUGUGAAGGGAACUCCUAAAUAUCAUCUUUGAGCAGAACUUUGGCCCUGGCCAUGAAGAGGCUGAUGACCAAUCUACAGCAGGUGAGAACGGGAUGGAGUGUUCAGACUUGCCUCCAAAGCAGGAAAGCUCUAAAGAAUCAGAGGCAUCUGAUAGGACCUCAGGAGUUCUCUAUGAAGUGAUUCCUGGAGGACCAGUCGCUGGAGACGCCUAUGAAGAGGCUUUAGAGAAGCUCGGAGCUCAGCCCUCAGAUGAAGAAGGGAGCAGACUGGAAAGUGAUCUCUUGGAAAUAACACAGGAGGAUAAAAAUAAAUGCACUGAAGAUGGAUGUGCUGAAUAUAAGGAUCUUGGAGAACAUCCAGAUCUAUCCCCCAGUCCUGUAGGACAUCAAGGAGUUCUAAAGGGACAGAAAUUCUAUCAAUGUGAUGAAUGUGGCAAAGCUUUUAAUUGGAGUUCACACCUCAUUGGGCAUCAGAGAAUCCACACUGGGGAGAAACCCUAUGAAUGUACUGAGUGUGGUAAGACCUUCAGGCAGACCUCUCAGCUCAUCGUCCAUCUCAGAAUCCACACAGGGGAAAAGCCCUAUGAAUGUAGUGAUUGUGGAAAGACCUAUCGCCAUAGCUCCCAUCUCAUUCAACACCAGAGACUCCACAGUGGGGAGAAACCAUAUAAAUGUAGUGAAUGUGGGAAAGCUUUCAAUGAGAGUUCCAAACUCUUUGACCAUCAGAGAAUCCAUACUGGGGAGAAACCUUAUGGAUGCAGUGAGUGUGGAGCAGUCUUUAGUCGGAGUAAAAGCCUUGUCCGCCAUCAGGUCCUUCACACUGGAGAGAAACCUUACAAGUGCAAUGAGUGUGGGAAAGCUUUCUGUUCCAACAGAAAUCUUAUUGACCAUCAGAGGAUCCACACUGGGGAGAAACCUUAUGAGUGUAAUGAAUGUGGCAAGGCCUUCAGUCGGAGUAAAUGUCUUAAUCGACAUCAGAGCCUCCACACUGGGGAAAAACCAUACAAAUGCAGUGAGUGUGGGAAAGCCUUCAAUCAGAUCUCUCAACUUGCUGAACAUGAGCGAAUUCAUACUGGAGAGAAACCUUUUGAAUGUAAUGAGUGUGGCAAGGCAUUCAGUCUGAGUAAAUGUCUCAUUCGACACCAGAGACUUCACACAGGUGAAAAGCCCUAUAAAUGCAAAGAGUGUGGAAAGUCCUUCAAUCAAAACUCAUACCUCAUUAUUCACCAGAGAAUUCACACUGGUGAGAAACCUUAUGGAUGUAUUGAAUGUGGGAAGGUCUUCAGUCAUAAUUCUAGCCUUAUGGUACAUCAGAGAACCCAUACUGGAGAGAAACCCUAUAAAUGCAAAGAUUGUGGAAAAGCUUUUCGUGACAGCUCACAACUAACUGUGCACCAGAGAGUUCACACUGGAGAGAAACCCUAUGAGUGUAUUGAGUGUGGGAAGGCCUUCAGUCAGCGUUCCACUUUCAAUCACCACCAGCGAACUCACACUGGAGAGAAGCACUCAGGGCUGGCUCGGUCCAUUUCUUAGGGCAUAAUUCUCCCAGACAAAGAGUAAGGAACUUUGAGUUAAGGUUUCUUUAUAAGAACUGUGCUCACCCCCUUGCUGUACAGUGGGGGGGAAAAAAAAAAAAAAAAAAAAGAACUGUGCUCACCCUGGUCUCUGCUUGGAACCACUAAUCAAAGUUGACCAUCCCUAAGUGCUUUCUGCUGGAUCACGAAGGUGGGAAAGUGGGAGUAACAGUGUAGGUAUCCUCCACUUUUGAGGAAGUAAGGACUACAUGUUUCAUGUGCUCGUAGGUAUCUUUCUUUCACUUUUUUAAAAAUUUAAAAUCCAUCUCAUUUCUUAGUUAUGCAUCUCAUAGUCAGGUUAGGAAUAGGUUUUUCCCUAUUCUCUUCCACCUUCUCUGUUUUGUCUUUUACAUAAAGUCUUUCUUUAAAACUUUGAUUCAUUCUUUGCUAACUCUUGAACGUGGCCUUUUUAUUGUAUUUUACAUUAUUUUUAGAGCUGCACCUGCAGCAUAUGGAAAUUCCCAGGGUAAGGGUCAAAUCAGAGCUGUAGCUCCCAGCCUACACCACAGCCACAGCAAUGCCAGAUCCAAGCCACAUCUGUGACCUACACCACGGCUCAUGGCAACUCUGGGUCCUUAACCCACUGAAUGAGGCCAGGGAUCGAACCUGCAUUCUCAUGGAUAUUAGUUGGGUUCUUAACCACCUAGCCAUAAUAGGAACUCUUGAAUGUGGCCCUUUUAAGACCUACUCUAAUGUAGAGCCUUAUCACUUGUGUUCUCUGCUUAGAAAAUCUUUUCUUCUUCCUGCUUGCUAAUAAUCAUUGUCCCUUGAAACUUUUAGAUCCAGGUCUCUCCGAAAGAUUUUCUUCUUCAAUUGCUUUUUUUCCUUCAAACCUUCUGUUGAUUGGACUUCAGUGCUUUGAAUUAGCCCUUGCUAUAAUUUGCAGUUUUUAUUAAAUUGCCUUGUCAAUUCUUAU